CGAGAUCUACCAGUCCAACUAGAGAGGCGCAGCCAUUACUGACAGCCGACUACCAGACAAUAUGGCACACCAUGCCCACCCAUUACCUGAAGAUACCUAUAGAGAAAUGGAGCCAGUGCCAGAGGAUACACCAAAGAUCCAGGGCUACGACUUCAACCAGGGAGUGGACUACCGCGCACUGAUGAAGUCCUACCUUACCACCGGUCUGCAGGCCACUAGGGUGGGCUUGGCUAUCCAGGAGCUCAACAAAAUGAUCGAGAGGCGCCAGCAACCGAUGAAGAGGAUAAAUGGAUUUGCUGAGGAAGACCCAUCCACUUGCCCCUGCCUUAACAGCUGCACCAUCUUCUUCAGUUACACCUCAAACCUCAUCAGCAGUGGAGUCAGGGAGAGUAUCCGCUAUCUCGCAGAACACAAAAUGGUGGAUGUCUUAGUGACAACAGCUGGAGGUAUAGAGGAGGAUCUGAUCAAGUGUUUGGGCCCGAUGUACAUAGGAGACUUCGAUAUGCCUGGCAAGCAUCUUUACAAAAUAGGACUGAACAGGACAGGAAACACACUGAUGCCUGAAGAAAACUAUGUGAAAUUCGACAAAUGGUUGAUGCCCAUUUUAGAGCAGAUGCUGCUGGAGCAGAACACUCAGGGCGUUCGCUGGACUCCAUCUAAGAUGAUCCAUCGGCUUGGCAAGGAGAUCAACAACCCUGAAUCUGUUUACUACUGGGCCUACAAGAAUAACAUCCCGGUGUUCAGCCCUGCCUUGACAGACGGUGCCAUCGGAGACGCGUUCUUCCUCUUCUCAUUCAAAAAGCCCGGUUUGAUACUGGACAUAGCUGAGGAUAUUACAAAGUUGAACCAUCUUGCAGUGGCAGCCAACAGCACAGGGAUACUCGCCCUGGGAGGGGGCGUGUCCAAACACCAAGUCUGCAAUGCAAAUGCAUGGAGAGACGGAGCUGAUUAUGCUGUGUUUGUGAACACGGCUCAGGAGUUCGAUGGCUGUGACUCUGGAGCCAGACCUGAUGAGGCCGUGUCCUGGGGCAAGAUCAGCUUAGAUGCCAAACCUGUGAAGGUGUUUGCAGAUGCUUCCAUUGUUUUUCCCUUACUGGUGGCAGAGACCUUUGCAGUUCAUGCUAAUAAGAUGACAGCUGGCAAAAACGAGUCAACAGAUGUUUCCUAAAUCUGUUAGAAACACUAAACAUAUUUCAUUUUCCUAUUUAUUCUUUCUGUAACAUGAACUGUGAAA